AUCCUAGAGGGCGCUCCUUGUUUCAUCUCGAAAGAGGGCAGUGUGUCACAGGUAGCAACGCACUGAACCGAGCCACUGAAGAGGCACUGCGCAGUUGCCGAUGCAGUAUACAUAAGAUACGUUUUCAAAAUUCUGCUUUGGAAAAAUCAUGAAAGGGAGCAAGUUAUUGAACAAAACUGAGUAAAAAUAUUUCAGUGAACACGGAACACGAUGGGGAGAUAUGAGUGAGAGAUUUCGCACUCUCGAUAUUGAUCACCCUCUGGAGCUCUCUAAUGCCCUAAUCUAUUGAUAUUUGUUGGGAAACAAUGACCAAGAUCAUCGAACUGUCAAAACCAAGGGGAAAAAAAAGGAUCUUAUAUUUUGCUCAAAAAUUGGAGAGUAACAAUGUCCUUUCCUUGGAGGAAUCUGUUACUAGAUAAUAUGAAUUCUAUUAUCAUGAACUGAAAAUCUGUUUUUUGUAGUUUGAAGACGAAAUACGUUCAAAAUGAGGAUCAAUUCUACUAAAAUGACUACACCUAUAGAAGAAAAAGUGGACCAAAAACUAAAAGUGAGAACAGGAAUGGUAUCUGUCAGCGAUGGUAAAAGUAGACCUAUUCCAGUUAGACUGCAUUUGUCCAUGGAAGUUCUGAGGCUACAAAAAGAAGAACUUGUGCCUCCAGAGAAGCCUUUAACUUCAAAAGAGCGUAUGGUACAAGUUCAUAGACAGAAAAUAGGCGGAUUAGGUCUUAGUAUCAAAGGAGGUGCUGAGCAUAAACUUCCUAUCUUAAUUUCGAGAAUAUAUAAAAAUCAAGCAGCAGAACAGACUGGGGAAUUAUUUGUAGGGGAUGCAAUUAUUAAAGUUAAUGGUGAAUACAUUACUGCUUGUCCUCAUGAUGACGCUGUGAAUAUAUUGAGAAAUGCUGGGGAUUUAGUUGUUCUCACUGUCAAACAUUAUAAAGCUGCUACACCAUUUUUACAGAAACAAGAAGGAAAAGAGCAGCAAGACAGUAGUGAAGAAAAAGAGGUGUUAGAGAAAAGUCUUGAAGUUACAAACAGUUCAGAAAACAAACCUCUUUCGCUAUAUUCUGAAUCAGAGCAGGAACCAUUAACACGAUGGAUAGAUGUUGUAACUUUGCCUCUCAUGAUGGCAUAUGUAACUAGAUAUAUUUUUGGAACUGAUAAAUUAAGACCAAAUUCAUUUGAGGUUAGAGGUCUGAACGGAAUUAGUACUGGAAUUAUUCACUGUGAUGAUACAGCAAUACUAUCCCAAUGGCUCAAAUAUAUCACUGACAAUAUAAUUGGACUCACAAAUUUACAAAUGAAACUUUAUAAUAGGAACUUCAUUGUAUCAGACAAAAUAGAAUAUAUGGGAUGGGUAAAUGAAGGUGUACUUAACAAUAAUCAGCCUUGGCAGAAUUAUAAACCUAGAUUUUUUGCUCUCAAAGGCACUGACUUGAUGUUAUUUGAUACUCCACCAUUGAGUACAGUGGAUUGGGGAAAAUGUACAUUAAUGUUCAAAGUAUAUCAAACUAUGUUCAGAGUCAUCAAAGAUUCAGAAAAUGUUGAUGAAAGACAACAUUGUUUCCUUGUACAAACGUCUGGACAAGACUCAAGAUAUUUCUCUGUAGAAACAAGACAAGAACUGCUAAGAAUAGAAAAUGCUUGGCACUGCUCUGUUGUUACAGCUGUUAUGAAGUUGAGUAAUAAAACUUUCACAGUAAGCUGCAAUGGAAAGACAGCUGGACUAACAUUAGAUUGGAAUUUGGGAUUUUCUCUUUAUGAAGGUGACUCAAAAACUCCAGCUUGGCAAUAUAAAUUUUCACAAUUAAGAGGUUCAUCAGAUGACGGUAAAUCAAAAUUGAAAUUGCAUUUUCAAGACUGUGAAACCAGAGCUAUUGAAACUAAGGAAUUAGAAUGUUCUAUACUUCAAAGUUUACUAUUUUGCAUGCAUGCUUUUCUCACAGCUAAAGUUGCUUCAGUGGAUCCUGGAUUUUUGUGUUCAAUGAUACCGUAACCUCUACUGGAGUUUUAUUAAGUAUACAGAGCAAAAUAUAAAAAUCCUCAAUGAUUUGGUGACAUUUUAUUGAAAUUUGAAAUAUGAGGAUAUUUAUCAGGAGUUGAAUGAUUGUGCAAUUAGAGACAGAAUAUUGUAAUUCUUCAUUCGACGAGAUUCAUGAAAAUUGAGCCUUUCCAAAAAUUAUUAAGGUAUGUUCAGAUUCUUUUUGCUCAUAUUUCCCAAGAUUUUUCACUUGAUGAUAUAAAAUGAAACAUAUUUCAAGUCGAAAAAAAUUAAUCAGUGUUAAUUGAUUUGUAAAAUAAUUUUAAAAAAAGUCAAAAUUUGACAUGACUGAUAUAAGAAUUGGAAUAUAAAUCUAUUAAGUUCGAAUCUGCGAUGAUAAUUUUUAAUUUCUUAGAAACUGUACAGUCAAUGUGUAGUAUCAAAUACCUGGAAUAGAGUCGUCGUGCGUUACCGUUUUUCUUCAAAAGUCAACAAUGCAUGAAUAAACCUUACCCUCUUUUAUACUCAUUGAAUUACUUAGCUAGACAUUAAAUCCUAAACUUUUCUCUUCAAAGAAUUUCACGUAAUGUAUGAAUUAAGUAAAAAGCACAAUAUCUACCCUACACAUGUAGAUAAAAAGUAGUGACCAUGUCUCAGUCAAAUAAUUUGAAAAACACACCAUAGCUGGGUUAUUAUAUAUUAGUAUAAAUACCACAGCUCGUUUUUAAAAUUGACCACAUCUGGUCCUUACAAAUCCGAGCCAAAGUACAUGAUCUAUUUCUUCAGAAGAUGAGAACAGAUAUUUCUCAUCCUGUUUUUCAAUACUACAUUGGCUCGAAUUGAUAUAUAUAUAUAUGUGUCAAAGGCCCACUUGAAGAAGUUGAAGAUUUUUAUUGUAGGUACAGAAUUUCUUAUUAUUAUUAUUAUUAUUUUUCGAAUACUUUAGAUCACUUCAUUGUUCUUCAUGCGAAAAACGAACGAACAUAAAGAGAUUUCUUGUUUGAAUUUUGAAAGAAAUGAUAUAAACUCAAAUUUUUAUUCCAAUCACAAUGAGAAAUAGGAAGAUGUGUAAAAGGGUAGCCUCUCAAGAAAUAUAUAUGUAUGGGGUGUGAGGCAAAUGAUUUGAUUUCACAGUUAGUUACAAAUUGUUUGGAAUAAACCAUUCAAUGAUCACUGCCCUGACAUAAGAAGAAACAGUGAUCAUUGAAUGGUUUAUUCCAAACAAUUUGUAACUAAAUGUGAAAUCAAAUCAUUUGCCUCACACCCCAUACAUAUAUAUUUCUUGGGAGGCUACCCUUUUACACAUCUUCUCAAUGUGAUUGAAAAAAAAUAUUAGAGUUUAUAUCAUUUCUUUCAAAAUUCAAACAAAAAAUCCCUUUUUUUUUUUUUCGCAUGAAGAACAAUGAAGUGAUCCAAAGUAUUCGAAAAAUAACCUUCGCUGUUAUAACCACUGUUAAUACUAUUCUUCAAAUUUUAGUAGGACCAGUUGACUACUUACUUGUUACUUAGUUCAUUGUUGAAGAUUUAAAGGAAAAUAUUGAAUUAUAAGUUUCAUAUACAUGUGUAUAUAUUGAAUUUCAGAUAUGAGUUUAUCUGUGUAUAAAAUGUAUUUGCAAAUGGUUGUGAACCUAUUUUGUUUUCAUGAUGCUAGUUCGUGUUCUAUUUCAGACCAAUAUGCAGCAUAUCUUAGAAAAGUAUAAUUUAUUAUUAUUGACAAUACGAUUAAAUUUAUCUGUUGGGAUAUUUCCCUUAAA